UGACACUAACUUGGUUCAAAGUAUUUUGGAAGAUUGUGAGGUAGAAAAUCAAGUGCAAGACGAAGAAGAAGAAACCCAAAAUCAAGAGAAAGAAAAUUUUGGGCCAGCUGUAUCAGAAAUUGCUAUUGCAGAAAAUUCUGCACGAGAUAAUUCUGUUUUAUCUCUUGAAACUGGCAAAAAUUCUGAAAAUCCAUGUUCCUUGAAUCCCUCAAUGACCGAAUCUGUUUCUAAAUCCACAAAACCUCAUGAGUGGAGAUUUUUAAAGAACUACCCACAGGAAUUUGUCAUUGAAGACAUCUCACAAGGUUGCUUUAAUUCAUCCAGGCUGCUGUUUUCUCCUUAUUGCGUGUGGCAAGUGAAAUUUCAUCCCGAAGAGAUAGCAGCGACGACAGAAAUGUCAAUGUCUUUGUUCAAAGGAGCUGCCGUUUGGCAAGAGAUCUCUGAUGAGAUUGACAGAGAAACUAGUCGCUCCAAGGACAUUUCUUCUGUUCCUAUCCAUCUUAGUAUCUACUCCCCUCAUGUUUUUAAUCUAACACUGGUUGAUCUUCCUGGACUUACAAAAGUUGCCGUUGAGGGUCAACCAGAUAGCAUUGUGCAAGACAUUCUACCAAGCACUCCCUCCUGCUUUGUCAAUUGAACUAUGCUGGAUGAUUUUGAAGGAAAGAGGAGAUAUGUCAUGGUGCUGAUAGUUUGUGAAAGCACUACUGAAGGAAUGUAGAACUUGCUUAUUACAUUCAAAUCUGCAUGAUUGAACUAUGCUGGAUAAUUUUGAAUUUUUUUAGGAUGUAUGCAAUAUGCUUCUUAAUUUGUAAUCUAUUCAUAAAUAUCUAUUUUCUUCUUGUUUUGAAUACUAAGGUGCCUUGAAAAUUUUAUAUAUUG